AUGCAGUCCGGAAUCGCAGUCUCCCAGGAGCUGCACGAUGCCUUCUCGACCUUCGCCUCGGACUCCUCCAUCUUCUGCCUCCCCGUGACCAUCACCGCAGAGAGCCUGACCCCUCUCUCGCCCAUCCGCUUCUCCACCCCGAACGCCUUCUACCCUUCCCUCCCACAGCUCUCGUCCGUCCUGCAGCCCAAAACCCCUCUCUACCUGCUCUUCCGCCGUCCGGAAUCGGGCUCCUCGACCCUCAGCGCCCUGACAUACAUCCCCUCCAAUGCCCCCGUGCGCGCGAAGACGCUCUUCGCCUCCACCCGCGCCACGCUGGUCCGCGAGCUAGGCAGCGAGAAGUUCGCGUCGACGAUCUUCGCGACGGAGGAGGAGGAGGUGACCAGCGAGGAUGCCUGGCGCGAGCGCGACGCCGAGAAGAAAGGGUCCGGCGGCAAGGGUGGGUUCCGGCGGGAGGAUCUGAUGGGGGAGAAGGAGCGGGAGCUGGAUGCUGUGCGGAGGGCGGAGGAGGAGGCGAGGAGUGGGACGCCCGGGCGGGAUAUUGGGAUCGGGGGCUCGUUUCCCCGCGGUGGGUUUGGCUCGGGCGUGCAGUCGCGUAUACGGAUGAAUGUCCACGACGAAGCGAAGACUGCUCUGGCUGAACUGCAGGAGGGUGGGCUGGUGCAAUUGGCUAUUGACACUGCGUCCGAGACUUUCACACUCGCCACAGCAAAAUCCGGCAUCGAUGCACACUCUGUCCAGGAUCAUAUCCAUCCGUCCUCGCCUCGGUACACUUUCUACCACUAUCCCGAGUCCGAAACCGUGUUCUUCAUCUAUACCUGCCCGUCAGGCUCAUCGAUCAGAGAGCGAAUGAUGUACGCAAGCUCGCGCAUGUAUGCCCUUACUGUUGCCGAUGAACACGGGCUCAAGAUUUCCAAGAAGUGUGAUAUGCAGAUUGAAGCAUCCUCCCCGGAUGAAAUUUCGGGUGAUAGACUGCAAGAGGAGGUUCAGCCCCAGCAGAACGACGGGAUGAGACGAGGAUUUGCCAGACCUAAGCGGCCUGGCAGGUAA